UAGUGUUCUGUGACACUUCCAUCCAAUGUGCCCGUCUGAUCAUAAAUUGUACACAUUAUUUGAUUUUGGUGUCCACUACCAAAUCUGAAAGAAACAUCGAUUGUAAACGAAAUUAAUUGGGGAUAACGUUUUAAUUUUAAACUUUGCGGCAGAAUUUACUUAAUUGAUCUCCAAAAGAUUUAAUAAAAAAUGAACAGCAUUGGCGAAGAAUGUACAGACCUAAAGAAAAAAUACGAUGAUUGUUUCAAUACUUGGUUCUCGGAAAGGUUCUUAAAAGGCGAUCAAGAUGAUUCUGUUUGCGCUGGAAUAUUUAAAAUUUAUCAAGAAUGUGUUAAGAAUGCAAUGAAACAGCAAAGCAUUGAUUUCAAAGAAAUAGAUAAGGAUAUCUUAGGCACUGAAAAUGAAUACAAAACACCACCAAAUGCAAAUAGUAGCUGACAACCCAAAUUGGUCUGUGUCUUUAAACCCACAGCCUGUUGCAAUAUCCUUGGCAAGUUUCUUAAGAUUCCAUGCAGUUACCAAGAUUUCAGUGAUAAUAGGCUUACAGUGAAAGAGGAAAAUGAAUGUGUUAAAACUUAUGAAGUUUCUUGUGUGAAUGAUGAAAAUUAGUGAAUAGAAAUAAAUGAUAAUCGAUGGAUUAAAACUUUUAAGUCUAAUUUUUUUAAUACCACUUAUGAAAUAUUUCAAUAUUUACUCCAUUCGACAUAUUAUAUACUAUGCAGUGUACAAAAAAAACAAGUUUCAGUUGCUGAGUGAAAUACACAAUUUUGUUAGGAUGCAUUAGUAAACCCCUGACUGUUGAACCAAGGGUUGUGGGUUCAAUUUUCAUAUCAGGAAAACAUUCGUGUGAUGAACAGGUUUGUUUCUUUGUCUGGGUGUCUAUUAUCUAUGUAUGCAAAUAUUCAAAUGUAUUUAAGGUUACAUGUUAAGUCGACCUAUUCCCGUUAAGGGCAUGUUAUUUUACAUAGUUUCUGAUUGAUUUGACUAUGAAACACAUCCUAAAUCUAACCGAUUUAAAGAUAUUUGCAUUUGUUUUUUAUAAAAAUACCUGAUUUUCGGCUAUCAGCUUAGAUAUUUUCAAAUGCGUAAAUCUUAUUAUUAUUACAUGAUUUUUACUCUGUAAAAUAAGAUGAUGUAUGACCCCUAUAACCAAUAUUGUACGUAAAAUUAAUAAAUAAGCUGUUGUAGAUGAUUAAAACUUAUAAAAACUGAUACAAAAUUAGAUAGUUUAUUUUGUUUCAUCAAUAUUUAAAAAAAAAAUGGUGCCUGGUUGGCAGAUGUGCUUAAUGAUUUCUACUUGAUUUCAUCAACUAUCCAAUGAGGUCUAACAAUCUAGGGUUUAAAUAAAACAGCAUAGAAAAAAAUUGUUGCGAGCCCCCAGGUAGCAGGUUCUAACAGUCCCUCCCCAAUUGUCCUUCAAGGUUGAUGCGAUGCGUGUGAGCUUAAUGUAAUGUUUCUGGACUCGUUCUUCUGAUUCCGGACUGCUGUGCUUGUAAACUGGACUCUGAUUUAUGCUUGUGAUACAGAACUGUGAAAGAUGACGACCUACACCAAUGAGGGAAUAUGCUGACAUGUUAAUUUGUUACGGAUACUACAAUUCUGUCUGCACAUGCUCGCAAUGAGUACAUGACACCCUAUCCCGGCCGUCGAGUGCCGGAUGUGAGCGUGUUCGACGGAGUUUAUCGAAGACUUCGAGAAACUGGCUCCGUAUCAAGACGUCGUACAGACUUUGGAAGACCACGUGUGAUUGAUGACGACGAAAAACAAACCAAUGAGGUAGUGGAACGAUUGGAUCCAACCACUUCUAUUAAUAUUGUUGUCCGUAAUCUGGGACUCUCGCAAUGGAAAGUAUGGUUUACCGUUCAGACAGAGUGCCGAUACCCAUAUCAUUAUACGUCGGUACAUGCUAUCGAAGGGGGAGAUCCUGUGAGAAGAUUAGAUUUCUGCAGAUUUAUGUUAAAUGCUGAUAAGAUUUUUUCCUGUGAGGAGGCCUAAAUGACCUAUUAGAUGAUUUGCCACUCAAUCUGAUUCAAGACACGUGGUUUCAGCAUGAUGUCUGCCCUGCACUUUUCAGGAGAAGUCAGAAUAGCUGGACACAAAUUAUCCAAACAAACGGAUUGGAUGAGGUAGGCCUAUACCCUGGCCAGCCAGAAGUCCGGACCUAACCCCCAUGGAUUUUUAUGUGCGGGGACACAUGAAGUCUCGUGUACAGUGAGCCCAACUCAAUUUCAUCAAUUGAAGUAGGUAUUGAGAGACAGGAUUAUUAAUGUGGCGAAUGAAAUAAGAAGGAAAUUAACUACUGGUGUAGUGAAAACUGGACUUCGUAAAAUAAUGCGAAGAUGUGUGCAAAACAGGGGUGGACAUGUUGAACAUGAAAUUUAGACUUUAAGAUGCUUUGUUUGAACUUGAAAGCUUAAUAAAUUUAGUAUCUUGUACUCACUUAUAAAAAAACAUUAAAUUCUUGUAUCAAUUCUUAGUACCUCAACAUGCAAACAUUACAUUCAAAAUAAUAAUGU